CCAAGUGGGCAGUGAGUUGCAGAAAAUCUUAAUUCCUUAAAAGGCAACCUCUUUUUUAUUUAUAUUUUUUAAUUUUCCAUUUUAAUUUCAAUUCCAUCGUCAAUCAAAAACCCUCUCUCUUAUCUCUCUCCAACCCCAUCAUUUGCUUCCUUCACUCUUACGUCUAUCGCUUUCAAUCUCACUCUCUCUAUUUGUUUUUGGUUUUUUUUUUUUUCCCCUUUCAUUUUUCAUUUUGGUAGCUGGCGGCGAUAAUUGGCGGGAACCAACCGUCAAUUCCGAUACCCCUUUAAUCGGAUUCGGUCAGAAAGCUUGGAAAGUUUGCAGCUUGGGAUAUUUGGAGAAGUGGGGGUUAUCGUUAUCGAUGGCGAACCCUUCUGGGAACCAUCAAGAGCAUACUCAUGCUCACGUGUCGUCUUCGUUCAACGGGAAUUCGGCUCCUGAAACUUCAGGUGCUGCUCUUGCCAUGAAGCACAACCCUGGGAUUUCCCUCGAUUGGACCGCUGAAGAGCAAGCCAUUCUUGAAGAUGGGCUCUCCAAGUAUGCCUCAGAAUCUAACAUAGUACGCUAUGCCAAGAUAGCCCUACUACUACAGAAUAAGACGGUCCGGGAUGUAGCACUGCGAGUCAGGUGGAUGAAUAAGAAAGAAAAUAGCAAGAGAAGGAAGGAUGACCAUAAUUUAUCGCGGAAAAGUAAAGAUAAAAAGGAAAGGGUUUCUGAUCCUGCGGCAAAGUCAUCUCACUUUGCUACUCGGUCCAACGUUCCCCCUUAUGCUCCGCCGAUGAUUACAAUGGACAAUGAUGAUGGCAUCCCUUAUACAGCAAUUGGCGGUCCCACUGGUGAACUAUUGGAGCAAAAUGCACAGGCCUUGAAUCAAAUCUCAACAAAUCUUUCUGCUUUGCAGAUACAGGAAAACAUCAAUCUUCUCUGCCAGGCUAGAGAUAACAUCCUUAAAAUUAUGAAUGAUUUGAAUGAUUCACCAGAGGUGAUGAAGCAAAUGCCGCCUCUUCCGGUGAAGGUGAAUGAUGAGCUAGCCAAUGCCAUACUUCCAAGAACAACACAAUGAUGAUGGUGUUUAUUCAUCGUUAACUGGGCUUGGGACUCAGUAUAUUCUGCCUCUGAUCAGGAGAAUAACUGCCAAUCAAGUCGACCCAAUAUUUACUUUUGGAAAAAAAGAAGAAAGGAUGAAUAAUUGCUGAUAAUCAUCAAGUUGAAUUAGUCUUCAUAAUUUUUGUUUUUCGAAUGUUGGUUUUCCUGCUCUUGUUCUCUUGUUGGCUCUAACUUAUUUGUACCGUAGGAAUUGUUUAGUAUUCUUGGUAUUAAUUGAGUUAAAUUUAGGCAAUGAGAGCAAUAAGUUGUAGUAUAAUUUUAUGUGUCGUCACUGUUAAUUUUGUUUGUUCAUUUCAUUAUGCAUAUUGUAUUAAAUGGUAGAUAUUCUUACCAUGUUUGUUUCCCACCUAUCCAUCAAUUGUAAGUGGAUUGUGUUGUGGCACCGUUAUGCACUUUCCAUCCCGGUAUAAAUGUAAUAAUCUA